AGAGCCCGGGGACUGGGGGCUGCGCAGUGCGCGCCGCGCUCCUGCUGCUAGCUGCCGCUGCUGCUGCCGCUGCUGCUGCUCCUCCACCUCUUCCUAGGUCUUGCUGCUGCUGCUGCUGCUGCUUGUCCCUCGCGGUACAGCCAGGCCAGCCCUGGGCUGCUCUCCCGCGGCGGCAGCGGCGGCUGCAUUUCGGUGCAGAGCCCGAGACAGCUGGAGCCGUCAGACAAGUGGGCAAGCGGGCGAACGGUCAGACAGCAUGGCGGUAGAGGAAGAGGGGCUUCGCGUCUUCCAAAGCGUGAAGAUUAAAAUAGGAGAAGCCAAAAAUCUUCCUACUUAUCCGGGGCCAAACAAGAUGAGGGAUUGCUACUGUACUGUAAACCUGGACCAGGAAGAGGUUUUCAGGACCAAAAUAGUGGAGAAAUCACUAUGUCCCUUUUAUGGAGAAGACUUUUACUGUGAAAUUCCUCGGAGUUUUCGGCACUUGUCCUUUUACAUUUUUGAUAGAGAUGUGUUCAGGAGGGAUUCCAUUAUAGGAAAAGUGGCCAUACAGAAGGAAGACCUCCAGAAGUAUCAUAACAGAGAUACUUGGUUUCAGCUGCAGCAUGUUGAUGCUGAUUCAGAAGUCCAGGGAAAAGUACACCUUGAGAUGAGGCUGAGUGAGGUCAUUACGGACACUGGUGUCAUUUGCCAUAAACUUGCUACCCGAGUUCUAGAGUGCCAGGGUCUCCCGAUAGUGAACGGACAGUGCGACCCUUAUGCCACGGUUACUUUAGCAGGACCAUACAGAUCAGAAGCAAAAAAGACUAAAGUGAAAAAGAAGACCAACAAUCCCCAUUUUGAUGAAGUGUUUUAUUUUGAGGUGACCAGACCCUGCAGCUACAGCAAGAAGUCCCAUUUUGACUUUGAAGAAGAGGAUGUUGACAAACUUGAAAUUAGGGUUGACCUGUGGAAUGCCAGUAAUUUGAAGUUUGGAGAUGAGUUCCUAGGAGAGCUGAGGAUUCCUCUGAAAGUCCUCCGACAAUCCAGUUCUUAUGAAGCAUGGUAUUUCCUGCAGCCCAGAGAUAAUGGAAGUAAAUCCCUGAAACCAGGUGACCUGGGUUCCCUAAGGUUAAAUGUGGUUUACACUGAAGAUCAUGUAUUUUCCUCAGAUUAUUACAGCCCUCUUCGAGACCUCCUGUUAAAAUCUGCAGAUGUUGAGCCUGUGUCUGCAUCUGCAGCCCAUAUUUUGGGAGAAGUGUGUAGAGAAAAGCAUGAAGCAGCAAUCCCACUUGUGCGCCUCUUCUUACACUAUGGCAAGAUUGUGCCUUUCAUCAGUGCCAUUGCCAACGCUGAAGUGAAGAGGACUCAAGACCCAAAUACCAUUUUCAGAGGAAAUUCUUUAACGUCCAAGUGCAUUGAUGAGACAAUGAAGCUGGCAGGAAUGCAUUAUCUUCAAGUUACAUUAAAGCCAAUUAUAGAGGAGAUAUGCCAAGUCCACAAACCUUGUGAAAUUGAUCCAGUAAAGUUAAAAGAUGGAGAGAACCUGGAAAACAAUAUGGAAAACCUGAGGCAAUAUGUUGAUCGAAUCUUCAAUGUUAUCACGAAAUCUGGGGUAAGCUGCCCAACCGUCAUGUGUGAUAUUUUCUUUUCACUGAGAGAAUCAGCUGCCAAACGAUUCCAAGGUGACCUGGAUGUGAGAUAUACUGCCGUGAGCAGCUUUAUUUUUCUGAGAUUCUUUGCUCCUGCCAUCCUUUCACCAAACCUUUUUCAACUCACCCCUCAUCAUACGGACCCACAGACUUCUAGAACCUUGACACUUAUCUCCAAGACUAUACAGACCCUGGGCAGUUUAUCCAAAUCCAAAUCUGCCAGUUUCAAAGAGUCUUACAUGGCUACAUUCUAUGAUUUCUUCAAUGAGCAGAAAUAUGCCGAUGCAGUAAAAAAUUUCUUAGAUCUGAUUUCAUCCUCUGGAAGAAGAGACCACAAGAGUAUAGAGCAACCUAUAUUACUUAAAGAAGGGUUCAUGAUCAAGAGGGCCCAAGGAAGAAAACGCUUCGGGAUGAAGAACUUCAAGAAGAGGUGGUUCCGUCUCACAAAUCACGAAUUUACCUAUCAGAAAAGCAAAGGUAACAAGAAAGGAGACCAGCCUCUCUAUAGCAUUCCUAUUGAGAACAUUCUGGCUGUGGAGAAAUUAGAGGAGGAAUCCUUCAAAAUGAAAAACAUGUUCCAGGUCAUCCAGCCAGAGCGAGCUUUGUAUAUCCAGGCCAACAACUGCGUGGAGGCGAAGGACUGGAUUGACAUCCUCACCAAAGUCAGCCAGUGCAACAAAAAGCGCCUCACCGUCUACCACCCCUCAGCAUACCUGAACGGUCACUGGCUCUGCUGCAAGGCCACGUGUGAUACCACUCCUGGCUGCACACCCUGUACAGGUGGCCUUCCAGCAAACAUACAGCUCGAUAUUGAUGGGGACCGAGAGACAGAGCGAAUCUACUCACUCUUCAACUCGUAUAUUAGUAAAUUAGAGAAGAUGCAAGAGGCUUGUGGCAGUAAAUCUGUCUAUGAUGGACCGGAGCAGGAAGAGUAUUCAACAUUCAUCAUCGAUGACCCUCAGGAGACUUAUAAAACACUAAAGCAAAUCAUAGCAGGUGUUGGAGCUUUAGAACAGGAGCACGCCCAAUACAAAAGGGACAAAUUCAAGAAGACAAAAUAUGGGAGCCAAGAACACCCCAUCGGAGACAAGAGUUUCCAGAGUUACAUUCGACAGCAAUCUGAGAUUUCUGCGCAUUCCAUUUAGAACUGAAUGACCCGGGAUGGAGCCGGAGGAUUGGAUGAGGGAAGCUGGGAUCUUUGAAAAGGAAAACAAACAACGAAAGAGAACGCAAGCAAAGGGAUCCAUGCGUGGGAAAACGUGUAGAUAGCAAGCCAAGCUUAUGGACCUUUGAGACUUAAGAGUGUUCUUUCCUCUCUCCAAGAACAGUUGUAAUAGUUGCUACGCACUUUAUUCAUCUGGUGUUUGCCAGGUGACCGAACUCUGCCUCCCUGGCAUGUUUGUCAUCAUCAUUUGAAUUUGCCUCAGUCCCUUGGGAAUCUAGAGAUCAGUUCAAUGAUCACGAUCGAUCGUGUGGACGUCGUCUUGACAGCGCUCCAGCGGUCCACCGCCUUUGGGAAGCCAAGCCUGUUGCUGUGGACUUCAUAGGCAGCAGUAUUUUUAGAGCCGUGUAUUUUUUUUUUGUUUGUUUGUUUCACGUGCAGUUUUGCUGCUCCCCUUUAUUGUACAGUGCUUCACCCACCUGUGUAGUCCCUUAGGAAAUGCUUUGUAACACUCCGCUUUUAACACAUUCAGUGAAGUUAAGAAGAUCCUUUCUUUAAAGUACCCUGUCAUUGUGUAGUGGGUAGGGGACAGGCUGGAGAAAAGGGUCUUUUGUGGUGUUUUUUUUAAAGUUAGAUUAUCAGUUUUGUGGCUGUAACAUGCAAACUUUCAUAGAAAUCCAGAUCCAAAUGGUACUUUUGGUAUUUUUGAGAUACAGAGUUUCUUCUGCAGAUAACCUAACAGGGCCUGCAGCCUUUUUUGCCCAAGACAGUUCAGGGCCAACUUCAAAAAUUCCAUCAAGUGUCCUGGGGAUAGAAAGUUACAUGGAACUCCGAUAUCCCCUCCAAGUCUUUUACUGUGUCUGCCACAGCAGUGAGAGAGAUCACCGUGGGACUGGUUGUUCUUGAAAGGGUCACUUUGCAUAAGCUGUGAAGCAUCAGCUGGUGGCUUCUGGUUUAAAGGGCACUGUCUUACUUCAGGCAAGGCCGGUGUGAGUGGACCAGUGCCUGUCAACUGGGGUUGGCACCAGGUUCCAGACUUAGAGCUACAGAGCUAUUUUUUCCCCUGCUGAAUGAUAUUUAAAACCAGAUUCCAUACUGUUGGCAUCACUUUGGGGACUUGGGAGGAAUUUUAAAAAAAAGAUAUAUACAUUUUCAAGCAGUUUUUAUUAAUGUUUUUAAAGACAGUUUUUUAAAUGAACUCUUUGAUAAAAAAAAAUGUAAUUCAGUGUUACAGCAUUGGAGCCUAUGAUCAUUAAAUGGCCAAUGGAGAGGUGCAGUGUGGCAGGGUUUUUUUUUUUUUUUUUAAUAACAGAUCUAUGAUUUCCUCCCAGAGAGGAAUUUCCUCUACCAAUGUAGAUCAACACAUUCUUUCCGAAUUAUAGUCUUAGAGAGCUGCCUGAGGCACAAAUAGGGUUAAGUGACCUUAGAAUCAGGGUCACACAGUCAACCCACAUCAGAGAUAGGACUCGAACCCAGGUCUUCCUUAAUCCAAGGCCAUCUCUCUAGCCACUGUGAGAGUGGCAGUAAAAAGGGACAAUAAACUGUGUAUCUCAUUAAUACCAAUAAAUGUUUUUGGAAGGGAAGAAAUCAGAUGAUUGAAAAAUAUUUGAUCUUUAGACUGCCAAAACUUUGUUCUGCCAGCUCCUAAGAAAGGUGUUUUGCCCUUGUCACCCUGAAUCCUCUUCAGAGCCUUGGCCAUGGUUUUUUUGGGCAGCUUUCACAGGGCAGCAGCUACAGAUGCUUUGGGAGAAGGGGUUGAUGAACAAGUCGGACCAGAAUUAAAAAAAAUGCAAGCAAAAACCUCUUCAUCUUGCUAUCAAGCCCAUUUGCUAGAGCAUUUAAAAGCCAGUUCGCAAUGGGUUUGCAAUGUGCUUAUGUGGCUGGCUGGUUUUUGCAAAGCUCUGUUUUACUAGUAUGGUGAUGUUUACAUCAUAAUUUCUCUCUGUUCUUGUUUGGAAAUAUUAUAGCUCAGACUCUUAACCUAGAUGGGGAAAAAUGGUUAUGUUCUUUGUCAUCACAGAAAUAAUGGAGGGUGGGUAGUUGCAGAAAAUCAAAUUUGGGGCACACAGCAAUUAGGCAUCCAACUAAACUGCAAUUUUUAACAUGGGUUUAUAACUUAAUAUUCUGUUUAUAAAAUACUAAUGAUCUGCGAUGUAUUUUACUUGCCAAUUAAAACAAAUGUUUUAUUCUUUCU